AUGUGCUCUCUCGUGAACAAUGCAGUGAAUCAACAAAAGGAUACUUUUGAAAAGAGAGAAAAGGCAUGUAAAAGUACCAAAACGAGAAGAGCCAAAUUGGUCGAGGAAGGCAAGUGUUCCGAGUGUGGUCAUGACAUGGAUAAUGUUGCAUUGACCAAUGCUGAUAAGGAGUUCCUUAAUGAUGGAGAUGUUCUCUUGGUCGAAGGAAGUUCUUCUACUUCUACCAGUUCCAGCAACAGUUCCACCAAUAUUCUCGAUUAUGGUGAUGAGAUGGAUUCAGAGACCCUCUUCGAUGAUAAUGGUUUCAUUCGAACAACCUUUCUUCGUCCCAGAUGUCAACAGUGUUUGCGUAAACACAACGAGAGGGAGAGGCAAAAGUAUCACAAGGUCAAAGAAGAAGGAGUCAUGUGUCCAAGUCAUCCAUCGAUGCCUUUGGAAGUGUGUGAUCCAGAGUUGGGUACAACAGCUUUUCUCAAAUGUGGACUGGUUCACAUGGGCAAACAAUUUGCCUCUUUGAAAUGUUGUUCCACACACUCGAUGGGACGCCCUCCACAAUGUCUUCCAGCAUGUUCUCUGUGUGGAAUUAUUGUAGAGAAUUUGUAUCAAGCGGUGGCUGCUUGCAUUCAUCACCUCAAGUUCCAAAUGGCAAGCAAGACGAAAAGGUCCUUCAUUUGUACCAAGUACUUUGCCACUGCAUUUAGAAAGGAAAAGGACCCCAAUUGGUUCAAAACUGAGGAACCGUUGGAAAUUCUCUGCAAGGCAUGUCAUCACUUGCCGCAUGCAGUGUACUUGAUGGAGAAGCAAGGAACCCAAACGGAGGACGAGGAAAAAGUUCUUGAUGACUUUAAUGAGUGGGUCCAAGUUCACAUCAAGAUGGUUCGAUUGUUGGGAGCUAAAUGUGCCAAGUGUGAAAUGGAUUUUGAAAAGUUGGGUCUUGCUUUUUUCAUUCUCGCUCGCAUUCAUCAGAUCAAAACCGAUGGUGCUGAUCAGAGACGCAGUGCAACACACAUUCUCGAGCUUGAGGAUAGAGACGAAAUUGCUGCACAUGUGAAUGAAUAUACUCUUGCACUGGAAGGAAAGCAGCCGAAUUGUAUCAAUGUUUGUGUGCUUGCUGUCAUCAAACGGUACACAUGGAAAAGAAUGCGAGAUUGGUUUUGA